UUUACUGUUUAUUUUUAUUGGGGGCGGAGUUCACAAGCGAGUUAAUAAAACACAAAUACCCUUCAGUCCUCAUCAGUACUGGAUCUUUCAACUAAUUGAAAAGAUGGCUGAAUAUCUGCACAACGCUUUCCUCAGGCGUCUUCGCAGUUUCAUACCAGUCGAGUUCAAAAGCGAAGUGAAGGAGCUGUCAUCUCUGGCUUUGCCUGUGUUUUUGUCCUACAUUAUGGUCUACACGAUCGGUUUUGUCAGCGUUAUAUUUUGUGGACAUUUGGGAAGGAUAAUCCUGGAGGGUGUGGGCCUAGCUACAGCUGUUAUCAACGUUUCAGCUGUUUCUGUAGGCUAUGGUUUGGCAUCAGCCUCUGGCACAUUAGUAUCUCAAACUUUUGGGAGUGGUAACCUUAAGCGAGUUGGAGUGAUUGUGCAGAGGACGUUUCUCAUCUUAAUGUUGGCCUGCUUCCCUUGCUGGGCCAUUUUAAUAAACACAGAGUCAUUACUGAUUGCUGUUAAACAGAACCCUGAGGUUGCUAGAGUAUCUCAGUUAUACGUGACGAUUUACAUGGCUGCUCUUCCAGGAUUAUUUACAUUCAUAGCUGAGGCAACAUAUCUGCAAAAUCAAGGAAUCAUGUGGCCAUUGGUCAUCUCUGGAGCUGUGAGCAAUGUGAUCAAUGCCUUGUGCAACUACAUUUUCAUUUUUGUUUAGGAUCUUGGCAUUGCUGGAUCAGCAGCAGCCAAUGUUGCCUCACAAUAUGCCAUGGCUAUUAUGCUGUUUGUCUACAUCCUGUAUAAAGGUCUUCAUAAGGAGACUUGGCACGGCUUGUCCAUGGAUUGUCUACAGGAGUGGGGUGAUUUUAUGUGGCUGGGUAUUCCAGCCAUGUUAAUGCUGGGUACAGAGUGGUGGACCUAUGAACUGGGUUCAUUUUUGGCAGGUUUGAUAAGUGACGUAGAGCUGGGAGCCCAAUCAGUUAUUUAUGAACUGGCAAAUAUUGCAUAUAUGUGUCCUAUAGGCUUCAGUGUGGCAGGCAGUGUGAGAGUGGGAAAUGCUCUGGGGGCUGGAAACCCUGAACAGGCCAAACUGUCUGCCAAGCUCUCUAUAGCCUUCGCAGUCUCCAUAUCAGUGUGCUUGGCAGUUGUCAUUGGCAGUCUCAAAGAUGUCAUUUCUUACAUCUUCACUAAUGAUCAACAUAUUAGAAAGAGAGUCAGUAGAGUAAUGGUACUCUAUGCCCCUUUCCAUCUCCUUGACACAAUAGCAGCAGCUGGUGGGAGUACUGUCAGAGCCCUAGGAAUGCAGAUGUUUGGGGCAGCUGGAAACCUGGUUGGAUAUUAUGGCAUAGGCUUUCCUAUUGGAGUGUCUCUGAUGUUUGCUGCUAAAAUGGGCAUAUUUGGUCUUUGGAUUGGCCUUUUAGUUUGUGUGUUCCUGCUGUCAGUUUUCUUCAUAGUUCUCCUAAUAAAGAUAAACUGGGUGAAAGCCACAGAGGAGGCACAGAAAAGAGCUGGAAUACAGUCGGACUGUGUAGAGGACGGUAAGAAUCUCUCUGAUAUUAGUAACUGUAAUAAGAAUUGGGCAGAGUUUUAUCACAUUAACAGAAUCUUUUUAUUGGCAGAUACAGUACAGCAGGCUAACAACGUGCAUCUGAGUGAUGGAGGCGCUCACACUGACACCGAGAUGCUGACAGAGAAUCUGCCCAACUUGACUACAACAAUAAACGCACUACUUUUAGGGGUCUUGGUGGUCCGAAGAGGCCUGACUCUAUUGGCUAUGUUCAUGAUUCUGGCUGUAGGGAUUGCUUUAAGUGUACUUGUGAAGAUGUAGCAAUGCGC